AAACAUUUAUGCGGCAUUUCGUCAACUGUGAAGCUUGGUCUUGCUUGCUGCUCUUUCUUAUUCUAAAAGUUACAGCUGCAAUCAAUUGUUAAAGAAAAAAAAAUUUGAGCGGGUCAAACAAGAGAUUUAUUUUUCAAUUUGUUACUUUCCUAGUGGUAGCGCCUCUGAGUGGGAUCCAUUAUAUAGUUUCCUUGUUAGAACUGAAAUCAAACUAGUGUGUUUAAGACUUAUGUGUAUUUAUUAAGCCUUGCCUGCCUUUUCAACAACAGUGUGUAUCCUAGUACUCAGUAAGAAACGUGCAGAGGUGAGAUCCCUAAGUUGGAAGAGUGCUUUGAGAACCGGAGGUAUAGGCAGCCGACAAGGACUUGGUUGGCUUGUACAGAAACAUAUGACUGCCUGCUCUUCUAUUGAGUUGAAUUGAAGAGAGUGCUUAUAUUCUUCCGCUUGGAUUGCAUUUCUUCAGUGUUUUGGGUUAAACCCAUUUCUUGAAGUCGUUUGACUGAGAGAUAUAGAAAUGGGCAGAGCACCUUGCUGUGACAAAGCAAAUGUGAAGAGAGGACCAUGGUCCCCUGAAGAAGAUGCCAUACUCAAACAUUUUGUUGAGAAGCAUGGAACUGGAGGCAAUUGGAUUGCUUUGCCUCAAAAAGCUGGGUUGAGAAGGUGCGGUAAGAGUUGCAGACUAAGAUGGUUGAACUAUCUAAGGCCUGAUAUAAAACAUGGAGGCUUUUCAGAAGAAGAAGAUGCAAUCAUCUGUGGCCUCUACAGCAGCAUUGGAAGCAGAUGGUCUGUAAUUGCAGCUCAGCUGCCAGGCCGAACAGAUAACGAUAUAAAGAAUUACUGGAACACAAAGCUAAAGAAGAAAUUGCUUGGAAAAGGCGUCAAGGAUGAUCAGCAAACAAGGCGCCUACUGGCAAAAGAAGCAGCAGCUGGAAUGAGAUUUAACAGUCAUAACAUUACUUCAGAAGCUAUGUCUGCAUCCAACACUUCAAGCCCAUCUGUAUCUCUGACAGAUCUAGGCCAACAACAUAGAAACAGCCCAUAUGCCCUAGAAGCCAGCAAUGUCCCUGUGUUGCUUCAAGGCCCAUCAAGCUCCGCCAGUUCUGAAUCCUCAAUGUCAAAAACUGCAACAUUUAAUAUGGGUAAUGAUCAUUAUGAAAAGGAUUUCAGCCAUGAUUCAGAAUAUUCCAACUUUACAAGCAUCCUCAUGAGGGCCCUUGAGAGCAAUAGAAGUACUAACUGUUCAUCCCACAUCAAUCCUUCUCAAAUAACCCCUUCUCUCAUUAAUCCACAUGAAGCCUAUGAUGCAGCAGCCUUGUAUGUUCAAAGGCCAACAGUGAAUGUCAAAGCUGAAACCUUUGAUCAGAAUGAUACCCAGCUUCCCUAUUCCAUGCCACUCUGGGAAAGUUGCAAUCCCUAUCAAUCUGGUAAUAUGUGGAUGCAUGAAGCUAAUAAUGGAGCUGAUACAAAUUUUAGCUACAGUGUUCCAGGGAAUGAUCAAAUGGGUGAACUAUUGUUCUACUCCCACAAUAACAACAACAAUAAUAACUCAGUGCAGAUUAAAGAGGAGCCUACAAAUUAUGGAGUGACACCCACAGAGGCCUUCUGGGUUUCUCAACUAGCUGCUGCUUCUGCUUCUGCUUCUGAUCCAAAGUCUUCUGCAUAUUCUUACAUUUUACCUUCUGAAGGUAAUAGUAAUACUGCUUCACAAGGGAUUUUUCAAGAGGGAGUUAUCUAUUGAUAAACUCAUGUCCUCACUGUAUAUACUGUAUGUUUAUUUUUAGCAAUAAGAAAAAAAAAAUCAAUCUUUUCCCCUAGGAUUGCUCCAGUCCAUUCACAAGUUAGUUAUAAAUGAAAAAAAAAUGAUGCUGUUACUGUGUUGGACAAUAAAAUGUACGCUGAAAUACUGUGUUGCAGCAUUUUGUUAUAGUGUUGCUGCCAUGCCCAUUUAUUUUAUUGAUUUAUUUUUGUUAUAAAUGAGAAUAUUCAGAGCACUUUUCAUGGUUGUCA